AGAACUUUGAGGUGGUUCGACGCUCAAGCAGACGCCCGUUGCCACCGAGCCUUCGGAAAAGGUGUGCGAUGCGCAUCAUCAUCAUCGUGCCACUGCUGCCACUGGCAGUCACCGUCACCAGUACUUGGCAACUCCUGGCCAGCUCCCUCUGCCGUGGUCCCACACCUCGCCCAAUACCUACAAGCUUUAUAUACUUGAUGCUCUCUCCUUUCAGGCUUUCAGAAUUGAUAGCUCUUGCGCAACGAACUCGGGAAUUCAGCAGUCCGGCCGGUAACUACCUCAGACUCGAGUAUUGGAUCUACGGCCGAAUGCCUCGCCUGUGAGGCAUGUAGGGCCGAACUGCGUGGUUGCCGAUAGAGAGCAUGCAUCCUGCGCUUCGAGUUCUACGGAGCCAGCUACCAGUGGCGCCGCAGCGCUCGAGAGAUAAAUGAAUGGACGUGCUUGCUCACCGGCACC